UUUUGCUGUGAUUUCUUUUUUCUUUUUUAGAGGACCGUCUGCGCGACUCUGCUGUACAGCGCAGCACCUUGAACAGUUGCUCUUGGAGGAGGAAGAGGGGUGGAAGGAGCCUGCACUGUGGAAUUACUUUGGUUUUUAGUUAAGACCCACCUGUUUUCGAAGCCUACGCUUCAGCUAGCUAAGACGAGCUAAUAAGGGAGCUCGGCGCUGUUGCAGAUUUUCUAAUUUUAGGGAUAAUACCUACCUUUUAAGUUGUUGGGGAGGUUAACUAAGACGAUGUAUGUGAAGCACUAUUCUUUGGUUUUACCAAACAUAUUCGUGAUUCCGCUACCUGUUCAGGCGUGUACUUGGCCGUUUAAUUUUCAGUGUGUCUAAGAGAUGCUUAGUUUGCAAGAGGUAGUGCAUCCCAGGAGAACACGAUGCAACGUUUGCUGGGGUCAGGCUCUUUUAUCUGUAUUAUGAUGUCCUGACAAUGUUUUGUCCUUGUUUCUGUGUGUGUGUGUGUGUGUGAGUGUGUGCACCAUCUCUAGAGAUAGUUGUUCUCUAGCCUUUCUGGAGGGAUGCAAAGUCUUAAGAUAAAUGAGCAUUCCACAAGGUUUGGGCUACCUGACCAUUAUGGCAUCAAGAAACCUCUGGUAUAUGAGAAGUUACUUUGGUUCAAGAUGUUGGAUGAUCCAGUUUUCAGCAGACAUCAUCUUCAAACCAGUUUCAGUUAGACUUUUUGGUGUGAAGUAUGAUGACACAAACCAUGAACCUUUCGAGAAUGAAGAGCUAUUAAACAACUUACUUACUAUGGGAGUGGAUAUUGACAUGGCAAAGAAAAGACAGCCUGGAGUUUUUAAUAGAGUGGUUACGAAUGAACAGGACCUAAAGUUGUUCCUUCUGUCCAAAGGAGCUAGUAAAAACGUGAUUGCUAGCAUCAUAACAAGAUAUCCACGAGCCAUAACUCGUACUCCUGAAAGUCUUUCAAAACGUUGGGAUCUCUGGAGAAGGGUUAUGACAUCAGACCUUGAAAUUGUAAAUAUUCUGGAACGUUCUCCUGAAUCCUUUUUUCGGUCCAAUAACAAUCUAAACUUAGAGAAUAAUAUCAAGUUCCUCUACUCAGUUGGAUUGACCCGUAAAUGCCUUUGCCGGUUGUUGACUAAUGCCCCUCGUACUUUCUCCAACAGUCUUAAUCUGAACAAAAAGAUGGUUGAAUUUUUACAGGAAGUCUGUUUGUCAUUGGGUCACAAUGAUCCUGCAGAUUUUGUCAGGAAGAUAAUUUUUAAAAACCCUUUCAUCUUAAUCCGGAGCACCAAGCGCGUGAAAGCUAACAUCGAAUUUUUACAGUCAACUUUCAACUUGAACAGUGGGGAAUUGCUUGUUCUUAUAUGUGGUCCAGGUGCUGAAAUCUUAGACAUUUCCACUGAUUAUGCCAAAAGAAACUACACAAAUAUAAAAGAGAAGCUGUUUUCUCUCGGAUGUACUGAAGAAGAGGUACAGAAGUUUGUCUUAAGCUAUCCAGAUGUGAUCUUCCUGUCAGAAAAAAAGUUUAAUGAUAAAAUAGACUGCCUCAUAGAAGAAAAAAUUAACAUUUCACAAAUAAUUGAAAGUCCUCGUGUUCUGGAUUCAAGCAUAAGUACUUUAAAAAGUCGAAUCAAAGAAUUGGUAAAUGCUGGUUAUAACUUGAGUACAUCAAACAUUGCUCUUCUUUCUUGGAGUCAAAAAAGAUAUAUAGCUAAAUUGAAAAAGUUAGGUGGGUAGAACUUUUAAAAAAAUCAUGAUAUAGUGAUACAUUUUUUUGAGUUUGGGCCUUUCAGAAAGGAGAGUUGAUUUUUUUAACUACAGAUACAUACACAGUGAUCCUUUGGAUUUUUUGCUUUAUAGGUUAAUAAAAACCGUUGGUAUAAUCAAGUAUUGUACUCCUAGCUGGAAUUAUUGUCCUAUACCAUUAGAUGGUAUGAGCUAUGGCUGCUGUACAAAGGUAGUUCCUGAGUGCCAUGACAGAACAAUGUGUGGAAAGAAAGUAAACAUAGUAAAAAUCUGACAAAGUAGAACAGAGAGUUUUCAUCCCGAGUUUUACCUUCUCCCUUUAAACCAUUAGUGUGAUUCCUCCACUUCCCCCAGGAUUUACUAUUGGUGUAUCCUAAUUUCAUUCAGGACAGGGGCAACUGUAGUUAAGCAGAAUAAUGGCCACCUAAAGACACUGAUGUCUUAACUCCCAGGACCUAUGGAUAUGUCAUGUUAUAUUGCAAAAGGAGUUGGCAGGUGUGAUUAAAUUAAAUCUGAUUAAAUGCCUUGAGAUGGGGAGAUUAUCCUUAAAUAUUUAAGGGGCCUCAUACAAUUACGAAGUUCCUUAAAAUUGGAAGAGGGAGGGAAAAAAAAGAGGUCAAAGUGAUGCAAAUAAGAAAGACUUGGGUUGGCACCUCUAACUCAGUGGCUAGGGUGCCAGCCACAUACACUGGAGCUGGUGGGUUUGAAUCCAGCCCGGGCCUGCCAAACAACAAUGACAACUACAACCAAAAAAUGGCCCAGCGUUGUGUUGGGUGCUUGUGGUCCCAGCUGCUUGGGAGGCUGAGGCAAGAGAAUUGCUUAAGCUCAGGAGUUUGAGGUUGCUGUGAGCUGUGAUGCCACCGCAUUCUACCAAGAGUGACGGCUUGAGACUGUCUGAAAAAAAGAAAAAGAAAAAGACUUGACCACUUUUGAAGGAGGUCAAAAGGAGGUUUUAAAGGAGGAAGGGUCUGUGAGCCAAGAUGUGCAGGUGGCCUAUAGAAAGGGUAUGGAAAUAAGUUUUCCCUUAGAGCCCCCAGAAAGGAAUGCAGCCCUUCUGGCACCUUUUCAGCCCAGUGUGUCAGACUCCUGACUUACAGAACCAUAGGAUAAUAUAUUUGCCAUGUUUUAAACCAUUGAGCAUGGUAAUUUGUUACAGCAGUAAAUAACAUGGGAACUAAAAGGAUUAAUCACAUUAUAGGUGAAGUGAAAAAAUUCAGUCCUUUUAGCAUGGUCUAUAUUUUUCUCUUACAAGAGUGAUUGCAUUUUUAAUCUACCUACCUUUCUGGUAUUGCUAAUAAGUUAGUGUUUAUAAAGUCCUUUAAAUGUGCCCAUAAACUAAAUGUAAAUAAUAAAAUCUAAAUAAAGGAAUAUUUUUGCCUAAUGAAUGUAAUUUAAAGAAAUGGUGAUUGUUUCUGUGUAUUUAUAUUUUGUUGGCAUUUUAUCCAAUAUAAUUAAUGAGGAAUUUCUAGAGGCAUUGACUUAAAAAUGACAAGUCAGAAAUCUGAAUCUUGAAGAUACAAUCUAGCUGAUAUAAUCAGAACGAGAAGAAACAAAUAUGACCUUAGUUGCUUUCAAUUAUUUUCCAGAGGCAUUUUUUUUUUCUGGUUGUGGAUUUUGAAUGAAGUUACAUAUUUAUACUCAACCUUUAAAUCUUAAUUACUAUUGGUAAUGCCUCAAAAAACUUAUUUCUGCCGUUGAUAAAGACAAAAUGUCUUCAUUUCCAGGGGCAUUUAUGUGUUCAGUGAUACUUCUAUAAUUUUUGGCAAACUUGUUUAAUGGCAAGAUGGCGUAGUUUAGAUCACAUGAGCUUUAUUGAGGCAUUUCUUUAGUGGUAGAUAUGGGUGUCCUUAUGGAAUAGCACUGUAACUUUGUGUACAAAAUUUUCUGAACUUAUUUGACCAUCUAUAAGAUUAAAAAUUGACUUUGCAAAGUUGAUAAUUAUCAAAUGAGAAAGAGACUCUAAGGUUUCUUGUACAUAGUAAUGGUUCCAUCAAUGGUAGCUGUUGUAAAAAUUAAAAUAGUAUUUUCAAAAGCAGGUUUAUUGAAACAAUUCAUAGAUCAUAGAGUUUACCUAUCUAACAUAUACAAUUCAAUUUUAUAGAGUUGUACAAUUGUCCACUUUCUGUUGCUUAUAACAGAACAUCUAAAACUGGAAAAUUUGUCAAUAUAAAGAAAAUGGGUUUAUUUCAUAGCAUUAUGGAACUGAGAGGUCCCAGGGUGAGGGGCUGCAUCUGGUGGGAGACGUCUUGCUUGUGGGGACUACCUGAAGAGUCCUGAGGCACCGAAGGCAACCAACUCACUAAUCCCACUUUCAUGGUAAUUAAUUAAUUCACUAAUCUAUUGACCCAUCAGUCCAUUAAUACAUGAAUGGAUUAAUUCAUUCCUAAUGGCAGAGCCUUCAUGAUGUAAUCACUUCUUAAAGGCUCCGCUUUCAAUACUACACAUUGGGGAUUAAAUUGCCACACGAGUUUUGAAGGGGACAGAGAUUUAAACCAUAGUAAUAACCAUCACAGUCUAGUUUUAGAUUGUUUGCCCCCCAUAAAAGAAACCUUGUACCUAGGAACAGUUAAUUCCCUUUAUUCUCUUGUCAUUGCCUUUCCUCCCAACCCUAAGCAAAAACUUAUCUAUCUCUAGAAAUUUGCUUAUUUUCUGGGUGUUUCAUGUAAGUGGAAUCAUGUAAUUUGUGGUCCUUUGUGACUGUCUUCUUUUAAAGUUCAUCCAUAUGGCGCAUAUCAGUAUCUCAUUUCUUUAUAAUGCCAAAUAAUAUUCAUUGAUGGUACUGUCACAUUAUUAGGAGUAAAUUUUAUUGUUAUAGUUUAGUGUUAAUUCCGUAAAUCUUCUGAAAUGUAUGGAGGAAAAUUCUGGGGACUGCUUUGGAAUCUUAACAAGUUUAUAAGGAACUUGGGGAAAGUGGGUGGAGGAGAUAAAAGUUUGUUUGCAUCAGCAGAUCUUGAGGAUUAUAGCUGGGUUGAUGAGAGACAACAGUUGCA